AGUAGGGAGGACAGAAACCAAAUGUCACAUGCAAGGCCACUCCCAGUUUAUGGGAUCUGGGGCAAGGACUCUUUGAAGAGGUAAUAAAAUUCAGCCUGCUAGGAAAUGACGAUGGCUGAGGAGUCCUGACUUAGCAAACCCAACCGAACAAUGUUUCCCCCCUUUUUACAAGGAAAGACAUUCUGAUGGAUAGCAAAAAUGACAUUCUAAUGAGAUACACUUUCUGGGAUUGGAAAGGGCUUUCCCAAGAGCUAAAGACCUGGAACACGCCAACACCCCAUGGAGAGUGUAUAUAAGCACUGUAGAGAGGCCUGGAGAGUCCACAACCUGAGCUCCUGCCUACGCUGCAACCUCCUUCACUAGCAUCAUGGCCACUCAGAUCUGCGCCCCGACCUUCUCCACUGGGUCUGCCAAGGGCCUCUGUGGCACCUCAGGCAGCUUUUCUCGGAUGUCUUCCAUCCACUCCAUGGGCUCCUACAGGGCCCCUAGCUUGGUUGGCACUGUGGGGUCCAUGCCCUCCUUCAGGACAGGCUUCUCUGGCCUUGGGGGCUGCUUUCCCGGCUCCUAUCUGUCCUCUGGGUGCCACUCCUCUGGCUUUGCAGGGAGUGGGGGAUGGUUCUGUGAGGGCACCUUCAACGGCAAUGAGAAGGCGACCAUGCAGGUCCUGAAUGACCGACUGGCUAACUACCUGGAGAAGGUGCGGCAGCUGGAGCAGGACAACGCACAGCUGGAGUGCCGCAUCCGAGAGUGGUAUGAGUGUCAGGUCCCAUACAUCUGUCCGGACUACCAGUCCUACUUUAAGACCGCCGAGGACUUGCAGCAGAAGAUCCUGCUGACCAAAUCCGAGAACGCCAGACUUGUCUUACAAAUUGACAAUGCCAAGCUGGCUGCUGAUGACUUCCGCACCAAGUAUGAGACGGAGCUGUCCCUGAGGCAGCUGGUAGAGGCAGACAUUAACGGCCUGCGCCGGAUCCUGGAUGAGCUGACCCUGUGUAAGGCUGAUCUGGAGGCUCAGGUGGAGUCCCUGAAGGAGGAGCUGCUGUGUCUCAAGAGGAACCACGAAGAGGAAGUCAAUGCACUCCGUUCCCAGCUUGGAGACCGUCUGAAUGUGGAGGUGGAUGCUGCUCCUCCAGUGGAUCUCAACAAGAUACUGGAUGGCAUGAGAUGCCAGUACGAGACCCUGGUGGAGAAUAACCGCAGAGACGUGGAGGCUUGGUUCAACACUCAGACCGAGGAGCUGAACCAGCAGGUGCUGUCCAGCUCAGAGCAGCUGCAGUGCUGCCAGACAGAGAUCAUCGAGCUGAGACGCACAGUCAACGCCCUGGAGAUCGAGCUGCAGGCCCAGCACAGCAUGCGGAAUUCUCUGGAAUCUACCCUGGCUGAGACAGAGGCCCGUUAUGGCUCCCAGCUGGGUCAGAUGCAGUGUCUGAUCACCAAUGUGGAGUCCCAGCUGGCUGAGAUUCGCUGUGACCUGGAGCGGCAGAACCAUGAAUAUCAAGUGUUACUGGAUGUCAAGGCCCGGCUUGAGUCAGAGAUUGCCACCUACCGUCGUUUGCUGGAGGGCGAGGACUGCAAGCUUCCUGCCCACCCUUGUUCCACGGAGUGUAAGCCUGCCGUAAGAGUUCCUUAUAUCCCCUCUACACCCUGCACCCCUGCUGGACCCUGCACUCCGGCUCCCCAAGUCAGCACCCAGAUUCGUACUAUCACCGAGGAGAUCAGAGAUGGAAGAAUCGUCUCCUCCAGGGAGCAUGUGGUGCCCCGUGCACUGUGACCAGCUACCAGUGAGGCCUAGGCCACAGGAGGACACCUUGUGGCUCUUGGCGGCUAAAUGAUCUUGCAUUUCUCUAAGGCCCUCCUUGCUUAGCAGGUUUUUCUACUAAAAUUCAUCUAUUGUUUCUGGUCUUAACUGUGCUUUUUACGCCAUGCAAAACCAGGUUCCCCUGGAAGCAUACCCAAUAAAAUGUUUUCUUGGCAUAGCAAA